AUGGAAAGGAGUGGAGAGAGGCAGUACAAGAGGGCGGGACGCAGAGACAAAAACUGUGACAAUAAAGAAUACGCAGUCCAAGAGGACAAACGAGUCUCCAGAAAUGGCAAAAGGGAAGACGGAAAAGAUACCGAGAGAGUUGGAGAGGUGAAGACAUGUGGAGGAGUAGAGGGAAAAGCKAAACCGGAGAAACCUCCUUUCAGCUAUAACGCUCUGAUAAUGAUGGCUAUUCGCCAGAGCCCGGAGCGAAGGCUUACCCUCAACGGCAUUUAUGAGUUCAUCAUAGGCAAUUUCCAUUACUAUCAAGAAAAUAGACAAGGAUGGCAGAAUUCCAUCCGACAUAACCUGAGUUUGAACAAGUGCUUUGUCAAAAUACCUCGCCAUUAUGAUGACCCAGGCAAAGGCAACUACUGGAUGCUUGACCCUUCAAGCGAGAACAUGUUCAUAGAUGGCACAACUGGUAAACACCGGUGCCGUUCCACGGCGGGCACCCGGGCAAAGCUGGCAAUUAAACGGCAUUCCCGUUUGACCACCACUGCCGCCGGGCAGGCGUUCACUGGGUCAUUUUAUUGGCCGGUGCCAUCGUUUCUUAUUAACCUUCAACAUCCUGCGCACUCACACCCGGGCACAGGGUCAUAUGUAGGGCCCAAUCAGUCCAACUAUGUCACCUCGAUCCUUUCUCAACGGUCACACCACGUGAGUGCCAUAAAUGCUAGGGCAGACCGACUCUUCCAAACAAACCAAGAGUCGUCUUAUGUUGGCAUGGGUGGAGGCGCGCAGUACUGUCGCCAUCACCAAAUGAGCGCAGCCACAACAUUCGCCUCUUCAUCAUUGGCAUGCACUAUGUCUCACCCUAACCCUUGUUCCUUUGACCUGCUCUCCGGACAAGCGAGUUAUUUUUACACGCAUCACCAGGUACCCCACCCGGCGACGUUCAAUGCAUGGUGCCAGGAGGAGUACCCCUCAUCCAAGGCAUCUCCAGCCGGACACAUUGACUCCGGAAAGAAUGGACCAUCGGAUUGCUUGGGGAGUUUAUGCAUGGAGUUCCCUAAUUAUUUUCCUCCAAGCAGCCACACGAGCCAGUGUGUUGCACGAGCACACUCAACACCCAUCUUUCUUGGGAUGCAGGGAAAUGACCAUAUUUAA